AUGGAACGGGUGAAUGAGGGUUGGAGUCAGGAAGAGGAAGACGGUAUUCCACUACCAGGAAUUCAAGAGACACUCAAUAAAUUACUGGAAGAACAGACUAGGAUAUUUGGCCCUGAGGUUGAUAAGGCCGCUAAAGAGGCCACCCGAUUUAAAAGACUCUUAGUGAAUGCGGAUCUGGACCAAUCGAUCGUAGCAAAGUUGGAAGAAACGGUGGCUGCGGUUGUGAACAAGGUGGAUGGUUAUGUAGUCGUAUUGGGAGCUUCUGUUUGCUACAGAAGCGUCUUAAAUGCAAUGCAGGAUGGCGGUCUCGGAGAAUUAAUUGAAGAGUGGUCGGAGCUGGUUUCUGGAAACCGGCCAAAUGAGACCCUGGCUUUAGUAGUGGACGCCCAAGAGGCAUUCAAGGUGAGGUGA